UCCAUUCACUCUGUGCUGUCUGUCUGUGUGCAGAGGAAAACCUGCGCGCGCUGCUCACAGAUCCGCUUCUAAAACCAGCGAGGCUCGCGGAGCAACAUCAAAACAGAACCGCGCGCACUGAACGGAGAGUAACCCGCGUGCAGACCGCGCGCUGUGCCCGAUACACUCUCCAACACCGGAGCGCGCUGCGUUAUAUAACGAAAGAGGCGACGUCAGCGGCGGCGGCUCCGCUCAGUGGCUGCCGCUCGAGCCAUUGAUAAACGCGCACGCGUUCUCGGUGCACUGCAUGAAUGGAGAGAAGCUGAGCGCGCGCGGGCUCGACUCGUUGACGGGGAUUUCAGUCAGCAGCGUGUUCUCCCUCCUGCUGCUGCUGCUCUGGUGAACGGAUCUGCUGCUGCGUUUAAUGCUCAAGGCCUUGCGGCUCCGUGAUCUUCGUUCGGCUCGGUAAAGGGGUUUCAGACAGACCGGAGGCGCGCGCUCGCUCGCUCCCUCUCUCUGCUCAGUCCCAAUGCUCGAUAAGCUCCGGCCCGCGCAGCUCGACUCGGCGAUGGCGAUCAGUAAGAGCGCUGAAUGGCUGCGGGAGCAGCUCGAGACGCGGCGCGACGGAUUGCUGGUGAUGGACUGCCGCGCGCGCGAGCUCUACGACUCGUCGCACGUCGAUACGGCCAUCAACGUCGCCAUCCCGAGCCUCAUGCUGCGGCGGCUGAAGAAGGGAAACCUGCCCGUCAAGUCGCUGCUGUCCAGCGGAGAGGACCGCGAGAGGUUCGCGCGGAGGUGUAAGACCGACACCGUGGUUCUGUACGACGAGUACAGCCGGGACUGGAACGAGAAUGUGGACGGAGGCUCCGUGCUCGGUUUACUGCUGAGGAGGAUGAAGGACGAGGGCUGCAGGGCUUUCUACCUGGAAGGGGGCUUCAGCAAAUUCCAGGCCGAGUACCCUGCACUGUGUGAGACCAACCUCGAUGGCUCCUCCAGCAGCAGCUCGCCUACGGCUCAGGUGCUGGGCCUGGGAGGGCUGAGGAUCAGCUCGGACUCCUCGGACAUCGAGUCGGACAUUGACCGUGACCCAAGCAGUGCCACAGACUCGGACGGCAGCCCGCUGUCCAACCCGCAGCCAUCUUUCCCUGUGGAGAUCCUGCCGCACCUGUAUCUGGGCUGUGCCAAGGACUCCACAAACCUGGACAUCUUGGAAGAGUUCGGCAUCAAGUACAUCCUCAAUGUUACCCCCAACCUGCCCAAUCUGUUCGAGAAUGCCGGGGAAUUUAAGUACAAGCAGAUUCCCAUAUCCGACCACUGGAGUCAGAAUCUCUCCCAGUUCUUCCCAGAGGCCAUCAGCUUCAUUGAUGAGGCCCGAGGACAGAAGUGUGGUGUUUUGGUGCACUGUCUGGCUGGCAUCAGCCGUUCGGUCACAGUGACCGUGGCCUACCUCAUGCAGAAGCUUAACCUGUCUAUGAACGAUGCCUACGACAUCGUCAAGAUGAAGAAAUCAAACAUCUCACCCAACUUUAACUUCAUGGGCCAACUCCUAGACUUUGAGCGCACACUGGGCAUUCAAAGCCCCUGCGACAACCGCGCCACAUCGGCCCCUUCGCAAGCGCUCUACUUCUCCACCCCCACCAACCACAACGUCUUCCAGCUGGACCCCCUUGAGUCCACGUGAGAGCAGUCCUUGCUGGUGCACCCCUCCUGGCUCCUAAAGGUGUUCAAGUGUAUUGAAACAUGGGUUUCUCUUUUUCGUCACCUGUCAGAGGGUUCCUGAUGUUUUUGACACAGUUGGCUUGAGACAACAGCUGACGAGAGUAGCCACAACGCGGCGUGUGGUUUGGCCGAGGUGGAAACGGCAGCUGCUGUAUUCUGGGACAAGAGACAGAGAGCGGGAUUGCUACAGUUCUGUAUCUCUCUGAGACUCUGUAAGGUAGUUCAUGUUUUAUAUCUUCGUUUCCAAGCAUGUAAAGACUGUCACAGAUCAGACAGGACUGUAUUGUGGAACGUCCCAUACAAUAUGGCUGGAGUGCCAAAGAGACUUGAACUGGAAAUUGACAAUUACAAAGACUUUUUUAGCACUUGCACCUUCACAUUUCUUGGGUGUGCUCUCCUUGUCUUCAGUGAAGACUUGCCUGUGUUGGGGAUAAAACAAAAAACACCCUCAUUGAUGAUAGCACAGUAUAGUGUACUCCAGUUCAUUUGCGUGGAGUCAUUUUUGAAUCGUUUAUACAUAUGUAUAUUCAAGACAUUGGUAAGCCUUGCCCUAGCCACAGUAUACCUGUCGCAAAAGAGCGGCUAUUGAUUCUUUUUUUCCCUCCAUGUUUUUUGACAUCUAUAUAAACAUGAACUGAAUAUUGAUCAAUAUUAUCUGAGUUUAAUGCCAAAAAUUUACUAGGUUUUGUGAGAUCAUACAUGUGUAUAUGUAUAAUAUAUUUCUUCUUUUUUCAUUGCUUUAUGGAUAAAUUCAGCCUUUAUCAGCCUUUUAUUAUGCACCCUUCCACACUUGGAAAGUCACCUUGUUCUCUUGCCUUAGGUCUUCUGUACAUAGGAGUAUUGUUGUGCAUUAAUCUACCUGAGCAGUCCUCCCCAUAGGCUUAUCAAGUCACCAGCUUUCAGUUGUUCUCUAUAGGAUUGAGCUAUAAAAAUCAUCAUAUUCAGAAAGUAUUGUUCAAAAAACUUCUGUAUCUGUAUGUGUUAAAGGCAUACCUGAAAACCAAGUCUGUGUGAAUACGGAUGCAUGCUCACGUUCAGUCUAGAACCAGGACGCCUUGAUACUACUACUGUUUUUUAUUUUGGUUUAAAAUGGGGACGACGGAAGGCUGAAGUGACUGACGCUUGCUUUUUGUGCAACAAUUUGAGGUUUCUGAAAUGUUGACAAGGCAGGAGACAUUUAUAUGCCUCUUCUCUUCAGGGAAAUUAUGUGAAAUGCAUUUACGCUGUCAGAGGAAUGAUUGAAAUGGACACUGGUUUCCUCAUUGCAAAGGCCUGUUCUGAAGGGGGAGGGACUACUUUUCAAAGUCCCUCACUCCAACCCUACGAAUGUAAAGAGAUGCUAAGUUAUUAAUAAAUUGCUAUUUUGUCUAUUCAAACUUA